CAUCCCGACGCUCCGUGGGUGGACAACCUAACUGAACUCGGUAUUGACCAGUCAAUAAUAGCUACAGUCGCUGGUAGUAUCGAAACGUGAAUAUCACAUAGGCAUUUGUUUUACAUUUACUCACUCGUCUCGUUGAGCGGUCUAUAGCUAUUUUUACUGACAAACCCACGCAGAAGUCUACCGACUAGUAACGUGGCAACUGUGAACGUGGAAGGUGAAAUCGUUACAAAACAUCGCGGACUGUGUCACGUUCAAUAAAAGAACAUUAUUACUAACAAUUACAAGUAUUUCACUCUACGGGCUCACGACACAAAAAUUAAUGGAAAAUAGCUGUACCAAUCCCACACAGCAGUUUCUUCACUGGUAGACGACAGUUCACUGUGCGCCAUUUCCUACAAUAAAGUAUCAUCCCGACCCUGUGUUGAUGAAUUGCAACGAACGAGGUUUGUUUCCCUAAAUGAUCUGUUGACUGAAAAUACAACGAGAGGAAGUUACGUUACUCUAAAAAUUUACUGGCGAACUAGAACGCGUUCACUCGCGAAUGCUUCUCUGUCAAACGAAGUAUGGAAAUGCAGUGCAACAAAAUGAGUGCACCGAAUAUGGUAGGACAUACUACUAGGAAACGUAAUGCGAAUAGACAUCUAAAGGGGAAACCGUCGAGUGCUCUUCGCCUUUCAGCACCACGAUACAGUAAAAGAAAGUUAUUACAAAAGAUAAUGAGAUACCCAAAAAAAGGAAAGCGUCCUUUGAACAAUACUACCGGUAAUGCAGCAAAUAUUUCCAUAAAUGAAGAUAAGAAUGCAAUAAACACGUCAGCUGAAGUAACCGAGGAAUUUCGAGAGGAAAAGUCUGGAGAUUCUACAAUCACCGAAACAGCCGCUGUCGGAACGAUUCAAAGGAUUCCGCUGUAUAACACAGCAAAUAACGCAUCAACAACUUUCAUAAAUGCAGAUGGAAAUAUAAUCAACAUGUCAAUUGAAGAUGGAAAAAAUGAAAUUCUUGAUCUAGUGACUAAGGAUUUUAAAGAGGGAAAACCUGAAGAUUUCACAUCCAACGAUACAGCCAUCGACGAACAAAAUUUCGUCGUAGAAAAAAUAAAGCUGGAAGAAAAGCAAAGAUCAAGCAUUGAAACAGGAUUAAGCAUCGUGGACAUGGAGUAUGUUUUCGAGCAAAUAAAAAAUAUCGGAAAUCAUUCAAAAACAUUCGAAUGUUCGACGAGACAUUUGGAGGUAAAGGCCAUAAAGCGCUUGGGAUUGGAAACCAUUAUCACCCUCGAAUGCAACAUGUGCCAUUAUACAAGUGAAGUGUAUAGCGAAUCCAGAAAUCAUAAAUCACUAGACAUUAAUUUCGGCCUGGUCGCCAGUUCGCUAACUUGUGGUGGCGGUUAUGCUCAAAUAGAAAAUAUAUUAUCAGGAAUGAAUAUUCCCUGCAUAUCUAGGACGAAGUAUCGUCAGUAUCACGAUAACGUUGUAAAAUUAUGUAUCGAAACUGCAGAAGCAGAAAUGAUUGCAGCGGCCGAAGAAGAAAAACAAUUAGCCAUUGCUAGAGGCGAUAUUUUAUCAUCCGGAAUCCCGUUCAUCCCCGUCGUGGCUGACGGAAGUUGGAUGAAAAGAUCGUACCAUUCUGGAAAUUACGACUCCAUAUCCGGUGUUGGUGUAAUAAUUGGACAUUUCACCAAGAAAGUUUUAUUUAUUGGGGUCCGAAACAAGAAGUGCGCCAUUUGCUCCAAUGCUGCUAAGAGAGGGGUAGAACCAAGGAAACAUGUAUGCUUCAAAAACUGGGGACAGAACGAAACAUCGACGAAAAUGGAGAGCGAUGCCAUUGUCGAGGGUUUCACGACCAGCAUACAGAAUAGAGGUCUCGUCUACUCAGUAUUAAUUGCUGAUGGCGAUAGCAGUUCGUACAAGAAGAUUUUGGAUUGUGAUCCAUAUAAAGCGGAGAUGGUUCGUGUGAAAAAGAUCGAAUGCACGAAUCAUAUGCUACGCAGAUUCUGCGGCAAACUGAGGGAAGCUGCUAAGAAGACUCCACCCGGCAAUUAUAGAAAAGCCGUUGAAAACACUAUUCUUAAAAUGCGCAUAGCUGUAGUAAAAGCUACGAAAUAUAGAUUGAAAGAAAAUGUUCCGCUCGAUCAGAAAAUGAAUAAUCUACGCAAGGAUUUAAUGAAUAUUCCCAGUCACGUUUUCGGGGAGCACAAAGAGUGUCGAGAACUAGGGUACUUUUGUGAUCGUGCCAUAAACGGUGAUAAAGAUAACUUGGUGCCACAUCUAACGAAAAUUGGUACAUAUUCUCGGAUUCAAGAAAUCUUUCAACCACUACUAGCACACGCUGAAAGUCUAUUAUAUAACGGCAAUAAUAACAUAGCGGAGUCUUUCAACUCCGUUAUUGCCAAAUUUACUGGCGGUAAGAGAAUUAAUUGGGGUAUGAGUGGAUCGUAUACAGCGAGAUGUGCCGCUGCGGUUAUCCAGUUUAAUACUAAGGCAGUAUUAUCUCGUAUAAUCCAGGCUACGGGAAAGGAGACGCCGUCUGUUAUGCGAAAAGUUGAAAGAGAGAAAGCACGGAGAGCACAGAAAGACAGAGAAAGUUCUAAAAGGAGAGCGCGGAAACUAUUUCAUCUGACAGUGGAUUCAGAUUAUGGACCAAAUGCAGACAAACCUGAUAUGGAGGUAGAUACACCUCAUUUAGAAUUGCAAACACAUAUGGAAAUACUGCCGAAUUAGAAUAAUAAUAGGGAAAUCAUUGCAAAAGAUUAUCGUAGAAGUGUAUCCGACGACGCAAUGUCACACCGUGUCGUAGGAUGGUAUAAUCCUCGAUGUCUUAAUUCUAUUUUUGGAGCAGCUCUGAACGGCGUGCUCGAUGACAACGUUCGGUAUCGUCAAAUUUAAAUAUCCAAAAAUGACACUGGAUUUUUCGUCAGGAGAAGUGAUACAAUUCCCAAAGACAAUUUCCAAAUUCGCAGAAUCUUUAAGGAUGAUACGCAGCGCAUCCACGUUUCUCUCAGGGACAAGAAUAGUUGCACAUAA